AGCCACCCAGCUGCUCCCUCACUGGCCUUUUCUUAAUCAUUCUUCUCAAUCUUUCUGCAGCCUACUAUGCUGAUCACCUUCUUCUUUUGAAGAAAGCCACUGUUACUGCAAACUUGAGUAGGCAGAGGAGAAAUAAGAUGUAAUGCCAAAGAGAAGAUUUAAUGCUGGCAGACUGAGUUGGGGGUGACAUGGUCAGAUCUGCACUUUAGGAAGAUCAUUUUGAUGGCUAAAUGGAAAAUGGACUGAAGUGGGUGAAGAGACUUAAGAUAUUUUCCAAGACUGAGCAUGGAUUACUUGGCUCACACUGGCACACUCAGCCUGGCUGCUGGAGUUGCCUGUGGCAUUUGUUUGGGCUGGGGCCUCAGAGUUCGAUUUGGGGUAAUCCCCAAGACCUCCAAAGUGAGUGGUUCCAACCCAGUGAAUAAGAAAAACCCAGAGGCUGAGAUAGAAGCCAGCAUCUUGGGAGAAAGUGGGGAAUUCAAGAUGAUUCUUGUUGUCCGCAAUGACUUGAAGAUGGGGAAGGGGAAAGUGGCAGCUCAGUGUUCUCAUGCUGCUGUUUCUGCCUACAAACAAGUGCAAAGGAGAAAUCCAGAGCUUCUGAAACAGUGGGAGUACUGUGGUCAGCCCAAAGUGGUGGUCAAAACUCCUGAUGAAGAAUCUCUGACGGAAUUGCUUACUCAUGCCAAAGUGCUAGGACUGACUGUGAGUUUAAUCCAGGAUGCUGGGCGUACUCAGAUAGAACCAGGCUCUCGGACUGUCCUGGGAAUUGGGCCAGGACCAGCAGAUUUAAUUGACAAAGUUACUGGCCAUUUAAAACUUUAUUGAGCUGAGUUUUGUAUGGUGGUGGGGUGCAAGUAUACUUAGACUCAGGCUCAUUUUGUUCUAACAAUAAAAGACAACCUGCCCUUUUAGUUUUUUAACUUCAGUGUUCUUGGGAUAAUAAUAAAGUUU